AUGCUUUCCCGAGGAUCCGCCCGCACUGCGCAGAUUCUGCGCACCGCGCAGCCCGCGCGCGCCUACGCCACGGUCGGCUCUGACAUCUUCAAGCCCACCAAGUUUGGCGGCAAGUACACGGUCACGUUGAUCCCUGGUGACGGUAUCGGUGCCGAGGUCGCCGAGAGCGUCAAGACCAUCUUCAAGGCCGACAACGUCCCCAUUGAGUGGGAGCAGGUCGAGGUCUCUGGUCUCAACACCACCACCCCCGAGAAGACUGAGGAUCUCUUCCGCGAGUCCGUCGCCUCCCUUCGCCGCAACAAGCUCGGCCUCAAGGGUAUCCUUCACACUCCCAUUGAGCGUUCCGGCCACCAGUCCUUCAACGUCGCCAUGCGCCAGGAGCUCGACAUCUACGCCUCCAUCUCCCUCAUCAAGAACAUUCCCGGCUACCAGACCCGCCAUGAGGGUGUCGACCUCGCCAUCAUCCGUGAGAACACCGAGGGUGAGUACUCUGGCCUUGAGCACCAGUCCGUCCCCGGUGUCGUCGAGUCCCUCAAGAUCAUCACCCGCGCCAAGUCUGAGCGCAUCGCCAAGUUCGCCUUCAACUUCGCUCUGGCCAACAACCGCAAGAAGGUCACCUGCAUUCACAAGGCCAACAUCAUGAAGUUGGCUGACGGUCUCUUCCGCUCCACCUUCCACCGUGUCGCCAACGACUACCCCACCCUCGAGGUCAACGACAUGAUUGUCGACAACGCCUCCAUGCAGGCUGUUAGCAAGCCCCAGCAGUUCGAUGUCAUGGUCAUGCCUAACCUGUACGGUGGCAUUCUGUCCAACAUCGGCGCUGCCCUUGUCGGUGGUGCUGGUAUCGUCCCCGGUUGCAACAUGGGCCGUGAUGUUGCUGUCUUCGAGCCCGGUUGCCGUCACGUCGGCCUCGACAUCAAGGGCAAGGACCAGGCCAACCCCACUGCUCUGAUUCUGUCCGGUGCCAUGCUUCUCCGUCACCUUGGUCUCGAUGACCACGCCAACCGCAUUUCCCAGGCCAUCUACGGCGUCAUUGCCGAGGGCCAGGUCCGCACCCGUGACAUGGGCGGUGAGGCCACCACCCACCAGUUCACCAAGGCCAUCCUCGACAAGAUGGAUACCUUGUAA